CUCAAUUAAUUAUAUAUUUAUCAAACUUUGAGUUCGACACACAGCUACCAACAUGAGUCUUCGCGCGCUUUCCAUUUUCCUGCUGUGUUGUGUGGUGUUCGUCGCGGCUAUGCCCGCUGAUGAGAGCCUUGUAGGCGCAGAGUCCGCGCACCCUGGUGGCGGAUGGGGCAACGGUGGCUAUGGGGGCUAUGGGGGCGGCUAUGGGGGUGGCUAUGGAGGAGGACAUAGAGGUGGCAGGGGAGGCUACGGUGGAGGCUACGGCGGAGGCUACGGUGGAGGCUACGGUGGAGGCCACGGUGGAGGCUGGGGCUGGGGGCGUUAAAGUAGUAAACACAAACGGCGAGUGACACAAAACUUCAUAUCGUCCUUUGUAUGAAAUUCUGUGCCCUGAAUCGAAUGUUUUGUAAGCUCUAAGGAAAUGUACCUAAAUGAUUUUUUAUACCAAAUAAAUGAUUGUCU